CGAGUGUCGGCCAGACGACUCUGGGCUGCUGCAAAAACCUACUUCAAUGGUUGGGUGUGAAACAUAUGCGAAUAUAAAAAAAGAAAACGACAAAAAGAAAGGAAUACGAUUCCAGAUUCAUAUAGCUUUUUAUUUUCGCACGUUGGUCAAUUGUAUGAGUAAAACGGAGGAUGAUGAACGGCGCAAGGAGAGUUUCGCAGCUUCUGUCUCGCAACAAUGUGAGAUCGCUCUUCGAUUCCGUCGAGGCUUUCCUAUUUGAUUGUGAUGGUGUCAUUUGGAAGGGCGAUAAGCUCAUUGAUGGCGUCGCUCAGACCAUAGACAUGCUUCGCUCAAAGGGGAAGAAGAUAGUCUUUGUGACCAAUAACUCGACGAAAUCAAGGAGUCAAUACAGUAAAAAACUACAGUCUCUUGGUGUUUCUUCAGUUACUGAGGAUGAGAUAUUCUCUUCAUCAUUUGCAGCUGCAAUGUAUCUCAAGGUCAAUAAUUUUCCUAACGACAAGAAGGUGUAUGUUAUAGGCGGAGAAGGAAUAUUGGAGGAGCUCCGCCUUGCUGGAUUUACCGGUCUUGGUGGCCCAGAAGAUGCUGAGAAACGGGUGCAGCUGACAUCAAAUUUCUUCUUUGAAUAUGAUAAAAAUGUUGGAGCAGUUGUGGUUGGACUAGACCCAAAUAUUAAUUAUUACAAACUUCAGUACGGAACCCUUUGCAUACGUGAGAAUCCAGGGUGCCUAUUUGUUGCUACCAAUCGCGAUUCUGUGGGCAAUAUGACUGAAUUACAAGAGUGGCCUGGUAAGCUAAUUCCUACAUAAGAUGCAAGCCUGAGAAGAAAUAUGUACGUCACUAUACGUUAUGCUCACUCUAUCUCUUUUUCUUUUUUCAGAUUUAACAUUGAAACCUCCAAAAUGUGUAUGGUGGGUGACCGAUUAGACACUGACAUAUUAUUUGGACAGAUUGCUGGCUGCAAAACUUUACUGGUUCUUUCAGGUGUGACAACUGAAUCAAUUCUUCAAAGGCCCUCCAACACCAUCAUACCUGAUUAUUAUACAAGCAAGAUGUCUGACAUUCUUAAACUAUUGGGCGAAUGAUCAGGUCUUCUCUGUCGACUGUUGAGUCAUUGUUUCAUGCCUGUUCCGCAAAGCUACUGGUAAAUUUGUAUUUGAAACACACAUACUAUAGAAGUAAUUUUUGUAACAGGGUAUUCGAAACCUGAUUAAAUUCUAUAGAAUAAUAGAACCUAGUUACAGUAGUUAAUAGGACUAAGAACGGUCUUAAUUAUAAUGACUGGUUCAAGCAUGCAAGCACAUACUCAGGAAUCUUUUUGGAGAAAUUUAAAGAUCCCUUACCCCUAUUGUCUUCU